AUGUCAAUAUCAUGUCCGAAAUGCGGGAAAGUAUUCAGCAAGGAGUCCAGCGUCACUCGUCACCUCAGUCAGCCUCGAUCAUCGUGUCAUAGUUCUAUUCGUGACAUGGUGGACAUUUCUCAGUUCGCAGAGUCAGUUCUACAAUUACGGCGGUCCCCCGAUCCAACUCUUUACCAUGGUAUAAAUUCGGACGCAUAUCCUUCGCAUUUCGAUGUCGACUUCUUCGAGACGGAGGAAGAGGAAUACAUGAGUGCGGAGGAACAGUACGAAGACGCAGGGACUUGUUACUCUCAAGAUGGCCUGACGUUCUUGGAUCUUUUUGACGCGGACGAGUAUGCAGAAUACAGAAAGGAUAAUUUAUUCUAUCCUUUUGCAUCAAAAGAGGAAUGGGAAAUCGCCGAUUUUCUUCUUCGUUCUCCCCUUAGUAUGGCUGCAAUCAAUGAAUUUCUAGCGCUCCCAAUGAUCCGCGGAUUGAAGCUUUCAUUCAGUACCGCUAAAGAAUUGCGAAGCCGAGCUGAGAUGCUACCCAAGGGACCAAGCUGGAAGUGUCAAAUUAUCCCAUCUCUACAUCGCACCAAAAAUCCAAUCCGACUUUUUUGGAGGGAUCCGGUCGAAUGCUUAGAAGCCCUCUUCAGCAACCCCCUUUUCCAUGACAAGCUUGAUUUUGUCCCUCGUCGCGUGUACACGACCGCAGCACGGCUUACCCGCGUUUAUUCGGAGUGGCUGACAGGCGAUUUUGCUUGGGAGUUCCAGAGUCAAGUGCCCAGAGGCGCUACAAUUCUUGGCACAAUCAUUUCUUCCAACAAAACAAAUAUCACCACUAUGACUGGCGCUAGAGUUGCUCAUCCGCUUCUUCUCGGUCUCGCUAAUAUCCGCAUGCAAACUCGCAUGAAACUCUCAUCCAGGGCCUUCCUACUCACAGCACUCCUCCCUAUCCCGCAGUACUUACACUCUACUCAACGGAUGCGAGGUGUUCUCGAAGACCGCCUCAUACAUCAAUGUCUUUCCAUCGUCUUAAAGCCGUUGAUGAUCGCGGCCGAAAUCGGGAUAAUGAUGUCCGAUCCCGUCGGAAAUGUUCGCCAUUGCUAUACGCCCCUUGCAGCAUACAUCCUCGCCAAGAUACAAGUUGAUCCCAAUGACCUUGAAGGUUAUUUUGAUGCAUGCGCCAUAUAUCGUCUAAACGGUGUCCAUGCGCCCUUCUGGCAAGAUUGGCCAUUUGCUUGUCCCUCGGUCUUUCUAACUCCAGAGGCUCUGCAUCACUGGCACAAGCAAUUUUUCGAUCACGACCUUCAGUGGUGCAUUGAGGUUGUUGGAGCGCAAGAACUCAAUUUUCGGUUCUCGAUUUUGCAGCCAACCACAGGCUAUCGUCACUACUCUGGCGGAAUAACGAAGCUCAAGCAAGUCACGGGCAGAGUCCACCGUGAUCUACAGCGUUACAUUGUCAGUCUCCUCGUCGGUGCAGCCCCUCGUCGAUUUGUGAUCGCAAUCCGUGCCCUUAUGGACGUCCGCUACCUGGCACAAUCCCCUUCUCCAGAUGACAAUUUAUUGGCAUCUAUUGACCAAUCUCUUUCGACCUUUCAUCAAAACAAAGAUGUUAUCACGACGUUGGGCGCACGGACCGGUACGAAGAAGACGAUCGACAAUUGGUAUAUACCUAAGCUAGAGCUAAUGCAGAGCAUCACUGCCAGCACACGCAAAGUUGGAGCCCUCAUCCAGUGGUCUGCGGACGCCACUGAACAUGCGCAUGUGUCCGAAAUCAAGGAACCUGCACGACAAACCAACAAUAAUGAUUAUGACCCUCAGAUUUGCCGUCAUUUAGAUCGACAGGACAAGCUGCGGCGAUUUGCGAUUGCUAUGACAUUGAAGAGUGGUGUCCUUGAUCCAGACCCCGAAGAAUUACCCAUGGAUGAGGGAGACGAUGAAGACAUUGCUGAGCUCGAAGAACCGUCUACUGAUCAACGAACUGCACUCCUGGAGGGGCUUAAUCGCACACGUGUCACUACUAACUACUUCAUCAAAGCUAAGGAGGCGGCUACUGUACCUCGUGGACCUAGCCCUCAUCCUCCUCGAACGUUUACCGCUGGUAAUACCGCUAUCCAUCUAAAUUAUAGUCCAACUCGCACUGGAAUGAAAAUUGACGAUGUCGCAGACGAGUUCAACAUACCGGAUCUUCGUGAUGCUAUUUCAAACUUCUUGCGACUUGACGCGAGGAACAGAGAUGUGAUUCAUGGGGUUGGAAUCUCAAGAAGAUCGUUAAUCGACCGUCCUUCUACUCUGCCUUUUGAUCGUGUUCAAGUUUGGCACACAGUUCGCUUGCAGGAAGUUUCCUUCCAUGAUCCAUGUGUCAUCUUACCAGCGCAAACCUUGCACGCCUCUCCACCAUGUCCCGGGUGGCCGAAAGGCCAACGAGACGCCGUCCUUAUCAAUGUCGAUAGAGAGUAUGAGUGGCCCCAGUCAGGGUUAAGGGGGCACGCCAUCUGUGAAGUGCGGCUUAUCAUCCGCCCAAUGGCCCGACGAGGUUCUCAUAUCACUUGGCGAGAUCAAUAUCUAUGCUAUGUGCAUAGCCUGAAGGUUGGCGCAGUCCAUCCUGCCGCUGGGAUGCAUGUAUUGAAGCGUGCUAAGCAUGGGGAUGGUACUCCAGUAGGUAACAUAGUUCCCCUCAAGCAAAUGCGUACCUUUAUCAGUAUAAUACCUGAGCUGGGAGCUGCAGCGGACGCGCGGUUGACAAAGGAGACUUCUGCACAUUAUUCCUCAUCAUUUUUCUUGAACAAGUACUUCAACAAGCAGCUUUAUUAUGCACUUUACCAUGCUUCACAACGGAUAGAUACAUAG